UUUGGAACCUGAAGCUAUCACAAUAGUACUCUCUCUUAAACCUUCUCUUGAUUACAACAUCUACAGAUAUGGCAUCAAAAACUAAGGAAGAUCAGAUCCCCAGUCCCAACAGGAUUGCCGUGGUAACAGGAGGGAACAAAGGAAUUGGAUUGGAGAUAUGCAGGCAGUUGGCUUCUAAUGGAGUCAGAGUCAUACUAACUGCUAGAGAUGAGAAGAGGGGUUUGGAAGCAGUAGAAAAGCUCAAACAAUCCGGGCUUUCCGAUGUAAUCUUCCACCGAUUAGAUGUGACCGAUCAUUCCAGCAUUGAUUCAUUAUCGGAGUUCAUCAAAAGCACUUUCGGAAAGCUCGACAUUUUGGUGAACAAUGCUGCAAUAGCAGGAGCCACAACAGACUAUGAGGUGCUUAGGUCUAGUAUUGUUAAUAGCAAGACGGGAGGAAUACCCAACAUCACGACUCAAGAGACCUACAAAUGGGCAGAAGAAUGUAUGGACACGAACUAUUACGGAGUUAAGAGAGUAACAGAGACAUUAAUCCCUCGUCUUCUAUCAUCCGAGUCACCGAGGAUCGUCAAUGUUUCAUCUCAUUUUGGGAAGUUACAGUUCAUUCCCAAUGAGAGCGUCCGGAAAGAAAUGGAUGACGUAGAUCGCUUAACCGAGGAGAAAAACGAUGAGAUGGUUCGAUCCUUCCUAAAUGAUUUCAAGGUAGGAGACUUGACGAAAAAUAACUGGCCAACUACCUACUCGUCUUAUAUCAUGUCUAAGGCGGCAAUGGGUGCAUAUACGAGGAUUAUUGCGAAGAAAUAUCCCGCAAUCUGUGCAAACUGUGUACAUCCAGGCUAUGUGAAAACGGACAUCAAUGGAAAUACGGGUACUAUGCCCGUCGAAGAAGGCGCUAAGGGACCUGUAAUGGCGGCUUUGCUUCCGCAUGGUAGUCCUUCAGGGCUCUUUUAUGAUAAGACCGAAGUAUCGUCCUUUAUGUAAUGUUACAAUAUACUUCGUCGUGAUAAUAACUUGUUUUUCUCUUCGUGAACUAGUUGGUAGAGAUAAUAAUACUUGUACAAGUUGAAAUUUGUACGAACUUGACGUAUACCGUACCUGUGGUUUCCUUUGGUGUUUGCUAUCUAUAUUUGCUUUGUAGAAUUGAAAGAAUGAACAUUAUGAAGCAAGUAACAGUGAGGUGAAAA